CAUACUAACAGGGGUUAAAGAUAACCGAGCACCCAAACAGGUGUACUCCUCGACAUUGAUACUUAUUUUACGCCCCUUUCUUUUGAUUGCAUCGCCCUAAAAUUUAUCAUGAUGAAACCCUAGACAGAAUCCCAAUUCGUCACCAUAAACCCCGUCAGCUCUCCCUCAUCCUACUCGAUCUUCUACUAAGUAAUCAAUUAGGGUUUCAUACAUUCUUUGCUUACCUGCAAUCCGAGUCAUGGACGCCCAAAGAGCAUUGCUAGAUGAGCUCAUGGGUUCAGCUCGCAAUUUGACUGAAGAAGAGAGAAGGGGACACAAGGAGAUCUCUUGGGAUGAUAAGGAAGUAUGUGGCUUCUACAUGGUGAAAUUUUGCCCACACGAUCUGUUCGUGAACACUCGAAGUGAUCUAGGUCCAUGCCCUAAAAUCCAUGAUCCGAAGUUGAAAGAAAGCUUUGAGAGUUCUCCAAGGCAUGAUUCUUAUGUGCCAAGAUUUGAAGCAGAACUUGCUCAUUUCUGUGAAAAAUUGGUGAUGGACUUAGAUAGGAGAGUUAGACGUGGACGUGAGAGACUUGCUCAAGAGGUUGAAGUUCCUCCUCCUCCUCCAAUUCCAGCUGAGAAAUCCGAACAACUAUCUGUUCUAGAAGAAAAAAUCAAGAACCUUCUAGAAUCAGUGGAGGCACUUGGGGAAGCUGGAAAGGUGGAUGAAGCUGAAGCACUCAUGAGAAAGGUGGAUCUGCUUAACAUUGAGAAAACCGCAUUGACCCUUCAACCACAGAAUGAAAAAGUUCUAAUGCUUGCUCAAGAAAAGAAAAUGGCUCUUUGUGAAACAUGUGGUUCCUUUUUGAUAGCAAAUGAUGCUCUUGAAAGAACCCAAUCCCAUGUCACUGGAAAACAGCAUAUCGGUUAUGGAUUGGUCAGAGAUUUCCUUUCUGAAUACAAAGAGGCAAAGGAGAAGGCAAGGGAAGAGGAAAGAUUAGCAAGGGAGAAAGAAGCAGAAGAAAGAAGGAAACAAAGAGAAAAAGAAAUUGAAGGUAAACACAGAAGUGGAUCUGCUGACAGGGACAAGAAUCGUUACAAUGACAGGUCAUCACGCGAUCGAAACCGAGGAUCUCGGGAUUCUGGAAGAACAUCGGAUCGUAGGGCCCACAACAACAGUUACAGAAAUGGUGGUGGUGGGGACAGGAGAGGGGAUAGAUACAGGGACAGAAGCAGGUCUCAUUCCCCUAGACAUGGUGGAAGAAGGAGGUCAUCCAGAAGUCCGUAUUAGUGAGAGAGAAAGAUUGUAGAAAAAUCAAAAAUGUCAAAGUCAGAAGAGGUAGACCUUUUUUUUUUCAAAAAAAAAAAAAUUCUAUAUAACUUCUCGUAAUAGAAAUUCUAUGAAUGCGUGUGUUUUGGAGUCUUAAACUGUGUUAUGGUUUUUGUUCAUGGGAGAAGUGAAGUGAAGUGAACCUGUUUUUUGUUCUCACAGCUUUGUUGAGAUAUAACUAAAGGAGAAAAAGAGUCUUAAGGGAGGUAUUUUACUUAAAUUGUUGUUGCAUAAUAAUAAUAAUAAUCAUCUGUUUUCAUAAUCUUUGGUUGGUGACUAAUUGUUUUAAAGGGUAGUUUAUACAAAAAUAGAACACAAAGAUUUGGUGAAAGAAAUCAUCAUGAUGGUUUUCCCAUGGUUUGAGGUAACCACCCACAAUUAAAUCUUCAAUCUUUACAAUAUCACCAUGUUGUGAAGUUUAUGAAUGAUAAAGAGAUGAUAUGAUACGCAUGAUGCAGCCUCUGAAUCUGAAUCUGAAGUUGCUUUUUGUAUGUGUUGAAUGAUUCUUUUACAAAAAAGGUGUUGAAGAAGCUCAUAGAGGUAACCAAAGCUUGAAACUUGAAACUGUAACGUUUUGUUUUUGCAGGAAAGUUAGAUCACAUUUGUGAUCCGUUUAAUACUUUGCUAUUAAACUGUUUUGAUUAUUUGGGAUAGUAUUAAGGUUGAAAGUUUACAAGAGUUUUAUGUUUUUAGAAUGUAUUUGAGAUAUUUAAAACAUUUUUUUCAAUAUGAACUUUGUAAAAUGUUGAUGUCUGCAUUUAGAUCAUAAAGUUUUUGAGAUCUUCUA